AUGCUGAUCGAGGGAGAGCUUUUCUUCGGCAUUUUGAAGCCCGAUCACCUGAGCCUAGGUGCAAAUCUACCGCAACUUCGGGACACUCAUCUUGGAUGGGUGGUAGCCGGAGUGAUAAACGAGCCGUACGUUUCGAACGCGGCUAUCCAACACGCCAACUCUGCUUCGAUCGAUUACAUCGAGGAAUUGAUGCACAAAUUCUGGAAGAUGGAGGAAGUACCAGACGCUUCUCCAUUUUCACCCGAACAGCUGUCCUGUGAAGCCCAUUUCCUAUCGACGUACGAGCGUGAUUUGGCCGGUAGGUUUGUUGUGAAGCUGCCAUUCAAGGAUAACGUGGACCAGCUGGAUAACUACCACUCUCUGGCGCUCAAGCGAUUCCUCAUGCUCGAAAAACGUUUGGAACGCAAUCCCGAACUCAAGCAACAAUACGUCGGUUUCAUCAAGGAGUACGAGGAUCUUGACCACUGCCGGGAAAUCAAGGAAGCUGAUGACCCACCGAAUCUGAGUAGGUACUACCUGCCCCAUCAUGCGGUGCUGCGUCCUUCGAGCUCAACCACCAAGUGUCGAGUGGUAUUCGACGCUAGCGCCAAUUCCGAACCAUCCAAGCUGUCGCUCAACGAGGUGCUCCAAGUCGGCCCAGUAAAGGUGCAGAAUGGAAUAUUCUCAAUUACGCUGCGAUUCCGCAAGUACCCAUAUGCUUUUUCAGCCGAUGUAGCCAAGAUGUACCAUCAAGUGCUCACGGUGCUCCUGGACAGGCGGUUCCUGCGAUGCUUCUGGCGAUCCGAUCCAUCGCAUCCUUUGAGGCUUGCCCAGGAAGAAGGUUCUGAGUUUCCCAUCGGUGCUUGGAUCCUGAUAGAAGACUUCUACGUCGACGAUGCUCUAUCCGGAGCCAACACCCUCGAAGAUGCCAUCGAAUGCCAAUGUCAGCUGAAAGCCCUGCUUGCCAGAGGUGGAUUUCAUAUCCACAAAUGGUGCUCCAACUCGGAUGAGUUUCUCGAGUACAUACCACCUGCAGAUCGAGAAAAGAAAGUUCCGUUACACGAGUAUGGACCCAACGAAGUAAUCAAGGUACUCGGAUUGCUCUGGGAUCCGAACAUCGACAUUUUCAUGAUUGCCAAUCCACCAAGCAUUUCGCAACCUGCCGAUAAACCAGCCACAAAACGCAGCCUCUGGUGGAAUGGUCCGAAGUUCCUGUCCGCAUCCGAAUACGACGGUGAAAACACCGAAGAGAUUCCCGACAACAACCUUCCCGAGCUGAAGGUCUAA